CUGGAAGAAAUGAUGCCACAGUCAGCUGUGUCCUUCUUUCUCCUGCUCGUGGCUGUCUCUGCCAACCUCACCAUGGCUGUCCUGAAGGACAAGAGAGCUCCUCAGACCCUCUCCAGAGGAUGGGGUGAUGACAUCACUUGGGUGCAGACUUAUGAAGAAGGGCUCUUCCAAGCCAAGAAGAGUAACAAGCCCUUGAUGGUCAUUCAUCAUCUGGAGGAUUGUCAGUACUGCCAAGCCUUAAAGAAAGUCUUUGCCAAGAGCGAUGAAAUCCAGGAAAUGGCUCAAACUAGCUUUGUCAUGCUCAACCUCAUGCAUGAAACCACUGACAAGAACCUAUCACCUGACGGGCAGUAUGUGCCUCGAAUCAUGUUUGUGGAUCCCUCUUUAACAGUCAGAGCUGACAUCACCGGGAGAUACUCUAAUAGACUCUACACAUAUGAACCCCAAGAUUUGCCAGUGUUAAUAGAAAAUAUGAAGAAAGCCUUACGACUCAUCCAGAAGGAAUUAUAA